AUGCCGGCUUUCAGAAUAGAAACCCCGUCGGAGCUCUGGCAAUCCGACCGUGGCUUGGCCGCCUACACUGCACACGCCAUCACCUUUACGGCUGGUCCACCUCAAAGGAUCGCCGUAUUCACGCCCUUCGACCGCUCCCGCUGCGCCUCGCACUGGUUCGUGGAGCUCGCUGGCCUGCCGUCGGAGCUCGUUGCGGAGCUCGUGCGCGAGGACGACGUCGAAGGGCAGCGGGCCCGUCCGACCAGCGAGUUCUUCGACCCAGGGGUGCGGAGGCUGCGGGCGCUCCGAGAGGAGAUGCGCGAGGAGCAGUGGUCGUGGAUCGAGACCGAGGGGGUAUCGCCGUCGAGGCAGGGGGAGAUAUGGCGGGAUGACGGCGAGCGGGUGCAGGACUUGAUCCAACGCCAGGACUUUCAUCAGUGGAAGACACUCGAGGGAUUCUACUCUGCCAAGGUUCGCUAUGAGCGGUAG